UGUAUUCCGUGUCUUUGUUUAUGUCCAUCACUAUAAACCAAAAUAUAACGAAAUAGCAGCAGCGGUGAGAUGAAAGAGCUGUCAUCAGUGAAAUAAAAAAAGUCAUAAAAUAAGAAAGAGAUAGAUCCGAUGACAAUGCCGCGAUUACGCAAGAUGACGAUACUGAUGGUUCUGAGCAUGGCUGUCAACAUGUACUUGCUCUGCUCGGAAGAUGUAGAUGUCGAAACACUUCUGAAAUACCAGAAAGCCCUGGAGAGCGAAUCCAACGCAAGGGAGUCACCGUAUCUUCUACUCACAGGCCUGGAGUGGGACGAAGAACAGCAGUCGUAUGUAAAUUCUCUUACAAUGCCCCCUGAAGAAAUUAUCAAGGUCUUGGAAAAAACGAGUAGAAAUCUCCCCAUCGCUUUUAUUGAACGCAAUCGGAAUAAGAUAUUGCGUUUGACCGAGACAUGCGCUCGUUUCCCUUCAGUGUAUGACAUUCAGUUCAACAACUUAUACUGGCAGAAGCUUCCAACGGCAAAAGGCAUGAUUUACCUCUAUGGUGCUUAUUAUGACAACCGUACUCUCGAGCCUCAGAGACCUGUCGUUCGCCUAUUGGCUAUAAUGAACACCGAGAAAGGUUUACCACAAACUGUGUGUCAAUUUUGGUUUGAUGAACAAGAAACGCCGGUCUUCAGCGAAACCUCAUACAGUUACAUUUGGGAAAAGCGAUGGAAUGUUCAUAAUGUACGUGGCUUGGAGCCUUACCUUAUUACAUGCAGCGUUCCGAAGUCUCAUCGCCACCUCAUUCCACAAGCUGUUACCCUCGUCCAGUCCACAUGUGAUUUCGCUUCUAACAGCCUGCGAGUCAUUUACAACCUUCCAGAAAAAGAGACACAGCAAGAAGACUUUGCCGUUUGUGUCAAAGGAUUCGAUUUUUAUUUCGAAGACAACACGAAGCGCCUCAUCGAGUGGCUCGAGCUUCUUUCCGCGCUGGGAGCUCAUAAAGUAUUUUAUUACAGCCUCGGAAUGAAUGCUAAAAUGGAGAAAAUGAUGAACUACUACGUGGACAAAGGCUUCGUCGAAGUUAUCCCGACAACUUUACCCGCCUCGCAACCGAACAUUCCUGGUCUUUUGUUCAAAUAUGUCUUUUCUAGAGACAAGUUCCAGCACGAAGUUAUACAGCUCAACGACUGCUACUACAGGAAUUUAUACCGAUACAAAUAUACAGUCCAUCUUGACGUCGAUGAAGUUAUCGUUCCCCGCUUCGCACCUACCUGGCAACGCUUGAUGCAAACAUUAGAGAAAAAGAGUGCCAAAGAUAACCUACCUUAUGUGUCCUACUGCGCCAGACAUACGUAUUAUAUGGAUCAUAUGCUUCCCUCCCAAGAAUGGCUACAAGAUGUACCCUCUCACCUGCACAUGUUACAGCAUGUUAUACGCUCUGCUAAUUAUAGUAGAAUACAAGAAAGCGUCAAGUGUAUCCAUAGUACAGCGGGUGGCCUACACUUGCACAACCAUUAUCCUUUACUUGCUCUAGGCGAAACGUUUCCCUACGCUUACGCUAUCCCAACUCAUGACGCGCAGUUGAACCACUACCGCAGGAAUUGCCAUGAUUAUGUUAUAAACUGUUACGAAUCAUUCAAACGGUAUACAGUUUUUGAUCCCGUUGUCUGGAAAUUCAAAGAUAAAAUUAUCUCAGAAGUUAAUAAAACCUUCUCUUAUUUAGGUUACUCGUAAAAUAUAAAUGGGAAAAUGUUUGAAAAUAGGAUUUUUUUUUUUUUUUUAAUUUGUCAGUAGGAUAAAGACAA